UGACUGAGAGGGGUGGACAGGACCAGCUGGGGGAGUUGUCUAGUCCAGAGGGAUGCGAUUGGGCUUCCUCAAAAAGGACAGGCACACGUUUUGACUCUGUAUUCCCCCCGCCUCCUCCCACCACAGAAAUAGAAAGGCCGUGUCUGUGGAAGUUGAGUUAAGUAGCCGGACCAUCUACAGCAGAGAGGAAGGGGAGAGUAGUUUGUUAUAUUAACAGAAGGUUUUUAAUCUGCCCCCGUUUAAAUCCAUCCGCGAUUAUACCCAGAAUACCGUGUGGCCCAAAUCAGAGCGUGCAAGAAAGAGAAGUUUGGAGGGUUUUUUCAUCAACAAACUUUGAAAACCCCAAUCACAUGCUGGUUGGAUUAUCAGGGGCUAGUUUACUUAUUCCCAAAUUGGGAUUUUAAAUUGUAUCAAGCAAAACACCUCCAUACACAACCUUAUAAGUAAAUAGUAAGGAGUUGUGGGUCAUUAAUUUCUGCUUCGCUAGUUAGCUUGACCAAUAUAAAGCUGCUAACGUUCAGAGAGGGAUGGCUUUGGACUUCGCCGCGGGUUGCUUUGGAGGCGCUGCUGGUGUUUUGGUUGGACAUCCUUUUGAUACAGUAAAGGUGAGGCUCCAAAUUCAGAGUGUGGAUAAACCCCUCUACAGGGGGACCUACCACUGCUUCCAGUCCAUCAUACGCCAGGAGUCGAUGCUGGGCCUGUACAAGGGCAUCGGCUCUCCCAUGAUGGGGCUGACAUUCAUCAACGCCAUCGUGUUCGGCGUCCAGGGCAACGCCAUGCGCUACCUGGGCCGUGACACGCCGGCCAACCAGUUCCUGGCGGGCGCGUCGGCGGGCCUCAUCCAGUGCGUCAUCUGCUGUCCCAUGGAGCUGGCCAAGACGCGCAUGCAGAUGCAGGGCACGGGCGAGAAGAAGAAGUCCUCGCGGAAGCUGUACAAGAACUCCCUGGACUGCCUGGUGCGGAUCUACCGCCGGGAGGGCAUCCGGGGCAUCAACCGCGGCAUGGUCACCACCGUCAUCCGCGAGACGCCGGGCUUCGGCAUCUACUUCCUGGCGUACGACGUGCUGACGCGGCGCCUGGGCUGCGAGCCCGACGACCCUUACAUGAUCCCCAAGCUGCUGUUCGCCGGCGGCAUGUCGGGCAUCGCCUCCUGGCUCUCCACCUACCCCGUGGACGUGAUCAAGUCCCGCCUCCAGGCGGACGGAAUGGGCGGGGUCCACCAGUACAACGGCAUCGCCGACUGCGUGCGGCAGAGCCUGAAGAAGGAGGGCUGGCGGGUGUUCACGCGCGGCCUCACGUCCACGCUGCUGCGCGCCUUCCCCGUCAACGCCACCACCUUCGCCAGCGUGACGCUCUUCCUGAUGUACAUGCGCCAGGGCGAUGGCUCCGCCCUCCAGGACUGUGAGACACAGGCUGUUUCGGUGGAGCCCACCAGCAUGUAACUCCAAGCCCUCCCUGACCCACCAGGGAGGGGGGGGGGGGGGGGUUAGUGUGCUGGUCCAGAGCUGAAGCAUACCCAUGCAUCAGCACACUUUGCAUCUUUCUUUGGUUCUCAGGGCCAUCGACCAUCGUCGGGAGACGCAGCAGGGAAACCGCAGCAUGGAGAGGAUCUGUGGAACCGGGUUGGUUUGUUUCCAUAGUGUUGGAACGUUUUUUCUGAACAGAUUUUUUUCUAGAGAAGCAUCUAUUCCAAGGGAACUUGACUCCUUGGAGCACCUUGACAAGUGACCACUUCUUGUGUAUUUUAAGAUUACAACUGUACUUGUAAAUACGAACAUCCUUGGUUUUAGUAAAGAGUCGAUUGUUUUAAUAUUCGUUAUUUAGGUGACUUUAUGUAGCCUCGUGAGGCCAUCCAGAUAUCGCAGUUUGCGUUUCGCAAGGAAUAUCAGUGUGGCCUUGGCUGGGUAGAUCCGUAUUGACCCGAAUAUGAGGCUAGUUUUUUUUGACUGAAACAUUGGGGUCGUCUUAUAUACGGGGUCUAGACUUUUAAAUCACAAUAUACAUUCACAACUUCCUGGUAAUAAUAUCUUCUUAUACCAUUCAUUUUACUAACUCCCUUCUGGUUCUAUGCUCCUUUCACCAUAAAAACUAGGUGUUUCGGAGAAACACCUAGUCGGAGAAACACCCCCCCACGUCUCUCCUCUGGAAUUAUAUGGACAGUAGAGUGUCCUGGGUGUCCUUAUCCUUACGGGAUUGUGUUUUAAUCAUGAUUUUCAAAUAAAAUUAUUCUUUUAAAUAAAACUGAUUUCAUCUUAAAAAAAAAAAAGAGGGUGGAUGUUACAUCUACAUUUAAGGCAUUUAGCAGACGCUUUUAUCCAAAGCGACUUACAAUAAGUACAUUUGUCAUAAGAAGUGCAACAAUAUAUCGCUGUCGGUACAGAAAGGAUGUUCAUAGAACCAAGUGUACAACAAGUACAACAAUCGCUAGGCUAACCAAUUCCCCGUGUUACAGCUAUGAUAGCAGCUACUGCAGUUGCUACACAGUUAAAUACUAUAAUACAAUACAACACAAUACAAUACAAUGUACAAUGGUGGCCAGAAGGGGGAGGGAUGUCUUGCAUUCUCCAGUGAAUCAGAGUGAGAGAAAAACCUUCCUUGCAGAUUUGUUAAUAUUUUAUCAUUGUCAUUCAGUCUAUUUAAUCAUGAACUGUAACUCUUUCCCCCUCUAGAUGAACGAUCCUAUUAAUGUUAAAUUUUAAAUCCCCAGACUUAACUGCAGAGAGUAACUAAAUGAACUCACCAGACCAAGAUGGCCUCUCAAGAUGCUUGACUUUAUGGGUUACAUUGCCACUUAACAUAGCAGUGUGUUACAUGUGGUGAGUUUAAUGUGGACUGCAUAGGAAAUUGUUUAGGUCAAAGCAACACUUGUUUUUUUCAUUUCGUCUUCUGUGAGUAUUCAUUCAGUACUCGGGUUGAAAUGCAUCUGAAUGAAAAGUAAUUUUGUUCCAAAUGGUUAUUUUAAAAAGAAGAGUGAUUACUUUCUUUGCCUUUUUGCAAAACUACUACAUGAUGCUAAAAAGCUUUUGGAUUAAUACACUGAUUGUUAAACUCUCCUUGUUUUAGUUAAUUCAUUUCAUGUUUUCAAAGUCUGAGGCUCAACCAAGAGUACAAUUUUGAAAUUGGUCAAAUAAAGCAGGAAUGGAAUUGGGACACAAGACAUGGCCUUUUCAGUUUACAAUUGACCAGCAGACCACGUCCAAAUCCUCAGUUACACAUUAAAAGGUAGCCAUACAUGUACACUACAUACUUUUGGAUACUAUAUUUAUAUGUAUUUAAGGAUCUUUAUACAGUUCCAGAAGAUCCGAACUUUCCUAUGAAAAGUCAUGUUACUGUAGAGUCUGUGGGACUUUGUCAAGUGGAAGAUUCUAUGCUGAUUGUAUGGAUGGGAAUCUGAGCAAUACGUUUGUUUCAAUCCAGUGGACAAUAUUAAUUAAUUUUAAAUGUUCCUCUUGGUUUUCUUUGGCAACGGUUUGGAAAUACACCAACAAAGAUCCUUUUAGCCGAAAGAGAAGCUCUUAUUUGAAAUAAGUUAUCUUUGUUAACUCUAAACUAUGAUCUUUUCAGAUUGAAUGAAGCCAAACUAGUUAAUCAGAUUAAGUUUAUUUUCUACUGUACCUUCAUUUUGUUUUGAGAAACUGCUGUAUCAUAAAUAUGAAGUGUAUAUGGGGUUAAAAAAACAAUCGCACAAUGACAAGGGGAUUAUCUGUGAGUUUGGUUCUGCAAUGUGUAGACCAUUUUUCAGUAUUCUAGUACUUUAUAUAUUUUUAGCUGUGCCAUGUUGCAUUAAAAUCGUCCAAUCCUGGGCCAUGCCAUUUGACUGAAUGUCAUCGCUGGCCUUGUAAAAUGUUCACCACUGUUGCCUGCGUUAUGUACAUCUGUGAAUGUUGAAUCUGCCAUUUGUCAUUUUUUUUAAUGAAUGACUGAAUAAACCAGUUACAACAUUUA